UUUUUCAGAUGGAUUUGGAACAACAGUUCGAGAACGAGCCUCCCAACGUGGAUGUGCCGAAGAUUUCAGAUUCUGAUUGUAAUUCUGACCUACACCAUGAGAAGUCGAAAGAAACGCCCAUCUCGCGGAACACUAAUGGCAAACGAAAAAUAGACGAAGAUAAUACAUCUAAGAAAAGAAACGCAAUGGACGCUUUACUGAAGACACAAUCCCGGCUGAGCUGACACAUAAUGGCAACAAUGUCUUUGUGAGACCUACCCUUUUCAACGGAAAGAUCACCGUGCACAUCAGGCAAUACAGCAAGUACGGGACUUCAUAUUAUCCGACUCGUAAUGGUGUGAAUUUAGAGCCUUCGUGUUUGGACACCUUCUCUAAACACAGUCCACAAGAGGUGUUCACAAUGAAUCUGCGACUACCCAAGAAUUUUAGUGCGGAAUAUGAUGGUUACCACAUCACGUUGUUUUUAUUAGAUGUUAAUAUCUAUUUAUUUUCAAUAGCUAUGGAACAUACAUCUGAUGCUAUGAUUUUAAAUCAUGAGGUUGCUCAACCACAAGGCAACAUGGAUCCUGAAUAUGUUUCCGAACAUGAAGACAUGCCUUUGGAUGAUCAAACGAUUGCUAUAAUGGAUUUUGGUGAUCUUACAUCAUCCCAGUUGGAUUUGCCUUUUGUUGAUAGCCCAAAUUUAAGUUGCUCGGAGUGUAACAAAACCUUUGCACACCAGAGAAGCUUGACGAGACAUAUUAAAGUGCAGCAUUCAAUUACAAGAAACAUUUGCUCCAUAUGCAAAAAGGAGUUUCGACGCUCCGAUAAACUGAAUAAUCAUAUGAAGAUUCAUGCUAAACCACCGAAAUCCACGCCAUCUCGCUCAGUGAAACGAGUAGCUUCCCUCACUACAGCGCCUGAUUCUAAACGACCACGACAAGAACGCCCACCCUGCCUUUGUACGUUUGUUACCAAGGUCUUUUAUCCCAUGAAAGACACCAACAAAGACUUGCAAGUAUUUUUAGAAUUUUCAAGAACGGAAGUCGCAGGCAAGAUUGAACAAGCUGCCGCACAGCACCAAGUUAUCAAAUGGUACUUGAAUGCUUGUGUGAAGAUGGUCAGAAAAGUGUCAGAGACCGAGGAGGAGACAUGCACCCCUUACUUUCGGUCCAGAUGCAGCACUACUCUCACACGGGAGAAAUGCCCGAUAUGCAAACAGCUAUUGAAAGGUAAUAAGAAAGUACUAGAUUCCUUGGACAAAUUUCUGAAAAAAGGUUCAGGAUGGGUUUUAGACUCCGUCCAAUACCUGGAGCUCAAGACCGCUGUCUACAAACCCCUGGCGGCCUCUUCUUACAUACCUCUACCGAAAGCCUUAGCCAGUAAAAUGGCUGUUCUCAAUAUCCAAAAUGAGGACCACAAAUGUCUCGUCUGGAGUGUCUUGGCGGCCCUUCAUCCCGUUGAAGAUCAUGGAGAACAUGCAUAUAGAGUAUCUCACUAUAAGCCCUAUGAAGGAGAAAUCCAUGUAGAUGGGCUUGUCUUUUCCCACCCCCAUUCACCAGCUGGACAAGUUCGAGAAAAUGAACAACCUGUCGAUCAACGUGUUCGGUUGGGAAAACAAUGA